GAUAAGAAUUGUUCACGUGAAACAGCAUUAUGGCUGCGUGGUUCGGUAUGUGGUUCGUUCAGCAAUUUCGGAAUUUUGAUACGUUUUUAGCGGGUGCUGUGUCUGAAUUGAUGUAUUUAAAGUAGUGUAUGUUGUGAAGACAAUUGAGACACGCUUUGUCUAUCAAGUACAAAGCCCCACGCUCGCAGUCGCGACGCAGUACCUUACAAUGAACUUCACAAGUUGUGUUGAACUGCUGCACGACGAUUCCGACAACGUUCCCUGCUGCGAGCACGGACCUGGGCUGCUUUUUAGACGACUAGGAAUUUCCUGCAAAAAUGACGGGCGCGUUUUCUACGCCUGCUCCGCGUGUCGGCGGCGCAAGGACUGCCCAUUUUUCGUUUGGAAGGAGCAAGCUUCGCGCUGCAACUCCAGUUGGAACGUUGUGAAACAGCGCGUCUUGCCCGAUUUGACGCACCGUCAGCUGCACGACAGGUUUCUGGAACUGCUGAAAUGCAAGCCGUGCGAGCGACACUUCUGCUGCCGCAAGCUGCUUUCGAAGAAGGAUGCGAGAAAACACCACUUCGAACACUCCUUCACCAACCCGGUUUCGGACGACGACUUGCGGCGGCCCAGCCGGCUCCUGCACGCCGACGUGAACAACACAACCAAGGCUCAGUACUUCUUCUCCGACUCCAGCACCCGUUUCGUCGUCGACACGCUAGCGCGAUUGAACUUCGAUCGCGUCCUUUGCGUUGGGACGCCGACUCUACACGAACACCUCAGGGAACGCCGUCCCGACAUGAAAAGCCUGCUUCUGGACAUCGAGCAAGCGUACGAGCAGUUCUACGGUCCCGACGAGUUCUGCUGGUUCAACAUGUUCAACAACUUUCACUUUCGCGGUGAGCAGUCGGAGACGGUGGUCAGGCACAGACUGGCUACCGGUAACCGGUGCGCCCUCGUCGUCGAUCCUCCGUUCGGCGGCCUCGUCGACGCCGUCGCGAGCACGCUGGACCGAAUCACCGAGCAGGCGGCUGCUCUGGGCUGCGAGCUGAGCCUGUUCUGGUUCUUCCCGUAUUUCAACGAGAAGCGCAUCGUGAAGGCCCUGCCUCGACUGCGCAUGCUCGACUACGCCGUCGACUACGAGAACCACGCGACAUUUAACGGAGCCCACGGCAAGCGGGCCAAGGGUUCGCCCGUGCGAAUAUUCACCGACGUACCCUUGGGACAGAUACCGCUUCCGGAAAGCGGAUACGCGUUCUGCGCGCAGUGCGACCGAUGGGUAGCUCGUCACAACAAACAUUGUGCCGUGUGCAACGACUGCCCUUCUAAAGACGGCGGUCCGUACAGGCACUGCGAACCGUGUGGCGUGUGCGUAAAGCAGGCAAACGAGCACUGCCCAGUGUGCAAAAAGUGCCUCCCGCCUGGUCACGACUGCCACUCGAAAGGCGUCACUUGCUUCGCUUGCAAGCAGCCCGGCCACAAAAGCACGGAGUGCGCACAAAGACUCACUGUAGAUAGUAAGAAUUCGAAAAGGAAAAUCAGUGGUGACAUUUCUCAACGUAAGAAACAAAAAUAGCGACAGUAGUGUUUUUCAUGGGGAGGUAGCGGGAGUCAUUUCAUUGUGCACCACAAAGACAGAGUAAUAAAUGCGUUGACAAUAACACCUACUGGGACACAUAUCAGCAGAUAUUCACUCAUACUCGCGCACCAAUAUUUUAACAGGCUAUGUACUUGCACUCGUUGGUACACAUUCUGGUUCAUAUUCGCUUCCAUUCACACUUACCGGCACCCACUCGCGCUCAUAAUAAGCUUGCCUACUUGCCACCACUCGCCAACACAUACACCUAUGUCCACUCACACUCGUUGACAGUCACUCACGUCCACUCAAAAUCGUCAACUUUCAUAUGCAGUAACAUUAACCAGCAUUCACUCACAUCUCACACCCUUCGUCACUCACUAGUGCCCUAUGAAAGCCUGUGAAAUGAAUCUGGAGCAGGGGCUCCAGAAGUGUAUUUUGAGUGUGGUGGCAGGAGGCGGAGCUUAUUUCACGUACCUACACAAGCUUUUUUUAAAAUUUAUUUUGAAACCAAGGCUUAAAUUACCAUAUUAGAGGGGAGUUGACUCUUAGGACUGUGGGAAUCGCCCCCUUGUUUCCGGUGCCCCUUCUCUGGUACGAGUACAAGUGUGCGCACUCAUGAGUAUGCCAACCAAUGCAUGCCGCUGAUUCUGGCCAUUACCAGUAACAUUACAGCAACACCCAUCUUUUCAUAAUAUUUUUUUUCCCUUUUCGACACAGUGUUUAAAAAAAAAAGAACUGGUCAUUUUAUAGCGACUCUAAGUACAUUGGGUUUCAAUUAAACACACUGACCAGGUGGAGCACGGCAAUUCGGCAGUGCAACAAAUUUGGGGUAGCAGCCUCACUGAAGCUGGAACAUGUCCACCUACUGCAGCAUAAAACAGGAAUGGCAGCUACGGUUCAUAUCAUGUUGAAUAUUUACACAUAAACUUGCUUGCAGAUGUGAAUUGCAUCAUGCUGCUUAACAAAAUGAAGGGUACCGUCAGCUUGAUCAUGUCCAAAGAGCACUAAUUCUUUCGAGUUUUUGCUACUGGCAAUAUAAACAUUAUUAUAAAUUGCAGUUCUGAUAAAUUAAAGCCACACUUACUGUAUGAGAAGGCUUGGCUAGUCAGAAAAGAAAAAAAAUCCAGCCCUUCCACUCUGUGAAGCACGAGCAGCAAAGCUGUGGUGUUUGACCUCAAUUGGCAAAUCUAUGUAUAUACAGGUAUUAUUAUUAUGAUUAUUGAAGGACACAGACAACGAAUACAUCUUUUGACUGUGGAGUGAUUUAUUCUUUUAUGAAGUAGUGAUGUGUGCAAUUGCUGCCGCAUGGCAGACAGGAAUUUCACAAUAUUUACAACUUCACUAUGAACUACAUAAUUACAAAAUGUAGAUGCAACUCUGCGUAAUGUUAGAGUCGUCUUAGCAGCCAAUUGUCAUAUAAUUUGUACCGGGAUAGUUUCGAUAAAACGAGUUAAGCCAUAGACAGCCAUGUAUUAGCAGCAGACGAAAAGUCUUAACGUAUACAACUUUACUGUGAAAUAACUUAUGACAAGCAAAUGAAACUCGGCGGAGUGAUAGAGUCGUCUUAGCGGCCUAUUUCAAUAUGAUUUGUUUCGGGAUAGUUUCAAUAAAACAAGAGUUACAGCCGUUUUCUGUAACCUUACUGUCUCUGUA